AUGGGAAUGAUAUCUCGUGUACGUGGACGAAUUAGAAGUGAUUCUUUCUCGAAGAUUCAAAUGAAAUCAGAGGAUAAGAUUGCAAAUAUAGUCUGGUUAAUAUCCUUGGUACUUCUACUGCCUUACUGGGCACCUCGGGGCCUGUUGGUGGCUCUUGGAGGAGCAUGGCUGAUGGCUGCAUACACAUGUUUCAUAGUUCCUGUCUUAAUAUCAGCCAACUACAAAUAUCCCGCGAGAUGGUACCCCGCAGUCGUCAAAUUGGCGCGAAAGAUAAUAAGAAGAUUGAGGGAGCCAAUUACGCGAGUUCUCUACAUUCUUAAAACAGCUUAUUCUCCUAUUGAUCGCGCAGAACGUCUCUUUUUGCAGUUGAACAAUCUAUCAACAAUGAUUUCUCAGCUCCUGAUUUUCACGGCCUGCGACCGCCUCCUCGUGUCAAGCGGCCGCCUGACCUGCCUCUACUCCCUCAUGUUCUACAACGUCAUCACAUACUCCGUCAACUACAUCCGGGAAAUAUGCACGAAGGAAAAUUGGACUCCGUACGUUAACGUCACUCGCCACUCCCAAGUCAAGCACCUCGCUAUGUCCGCAACCAAAAUCGUCCUCGAGUGGACCAAAGCCGUCACGUUUAUAGUCACUAUGACUUUCAUUCUUCUAACGCUUGGCUUGGAGCAGGGCUUGGAGCAUUUUAAGCCAACUCUACUGUACACCAUCAUUACGGGCACUUACUACUUAUUGACAGAGAAAACAUUCCUAGAGUUAUGGCCGGUCGCUCUAACCGCUCUGAAGAUAGAGAGGCUUGAAGGUAUGGACGCUCUGUAUUGUGGAGUAUGGGCCAGGUGUGUGACCACUUUAAUAGCGCUACCCUUGGUGCCUGCUCUAGCGUGGGGUGAACGCUGGAGAUUGGCUCUUCUAAUUGCGUACGUCUGUGUUUAUAUGCACGGGCGUCACAGGCUUGGAGAAGCGUUGGUGAAGCUUAACGAAGCUUGCGAUUCGCUGGCUCAGUUUCGACGGGCGACAGUUGAAGAGUUGUCCACGCUAGAAGACGUCUGCGCUGUCUGCCUUGGCAUCAUGAAAUCGGCCAGGGUUACUCCAUGCGCCCAUUUCUUCCAUGCGGACUGUUUGAGGCGCUGUCUAGCGGCUUCAGACAGAUGCCCCAUUUGUGUCAGACCUUACGUAUUCUGUUGA